GAGCGGCCUAUCGAGCCCCCGGGGUACAUGGCGAACGCCCGCGCUGGCAUGGCCGCGGCGCUGGCGCUCCUGGCCGCGGCCGCGCUCUGCUGCGGCACGGCGGCGGCCGCGCUGCCCCGGCUGGAGCACCCGGCCAGGAACGACGGCACGCUCAGCCUGCUCGUCGUCGGCGACUGGGGGCGCGGGGGCACGCACAACCAGUCACUGGUCGCGGAGCAGAUGGGAAGGGUUGGCGAGAAGCUCGGCAUCGACUUUGUUAUAUCCACCGGGGACAAUUUCUACGACAACGGCCUGAAGGGCGUACAUGACCAAGCAUUUGAAGAAUCGUUCACUGACAUCUACACAGCACAAAGCUUACAGAAGCCAUGGUACCUAGUUCUGGGAAAUCACGAUUACAGGGGCGAUGCGCUGGCACAGCUUAGCCCUGUCUUGCGAAAGAUCGAUAGCAGAUUCAUUUGCAUGAGAUCCUUCAUUGUUAACGCAGAAAUUGUGGAUUUCUUCUUCGUUGACACCACUCCAUUCCAAAAGAAGUACUGGACUCACCCUGGCAAACAUCACUAUGACUGGAGAGGAGUGGCACCUCGAGGAAAAUACAUAGCCAAUUUGCUGAAGGACUUGGAUGAGGCUAUGCAGAAAUCAACUGCAAUGUGGAAGAUUGUUGUUGGGCAUCACACCAUGAGGAGUGUCAGUGACCAUGGGGACACCAAGGAGCUUCUAAAACUACUGCUUCCUGUCCUCAAGGAAAACGGCGCCGACUUCUACAUCAACGGGCAUGAUCACUGCCUCGAGCACAUUAGCAGCAGAGACAGUCCGAUCCAGUACUUCACGAGCGGCGGCGGUUCGAAAGCAUGGAGAGGAGUGUUCCAGCCAAACAAGGACAAGCUCCGGUUCUUCUACGACGGGCAAGGGUUCAUGUCCCUCCAGCUGAACCAGGAGCAGGCUCAGUUCACCUUUUACGAUGUCUCCGGGAACAGCCUGUACCAGUGGAGCUCGCGCAAGACGGGCCAUUCCCAGCCCUCCACCUAUCUCGAUGACGAAGAAUGAAACCGUUGCGGACCGGAUCAGUCGGAGGAUUAGGCUGGUCAAGCUAUCGAUUUUUACAAAAAUGCGAUGUGAAAUUGGGGAGAUCCGGACCUUGCAAAAGGUGAGCAGGAUGGAGGGAAGGGCGUCCGGUUUCAGUCAUUCUCGAUGUGGUGGUAGUAGGUGUUGUCGAUGCUUCCCCUCUGCGUUGUCCAACGCCUGUGUAACUUUGUAAGCUUGUGCCGGCCUUGCGAGACUUUCUUGCUCCUCAUGAGUUGGCAAGCGAUUUGCUUUACAUUUGCCUCCAGCAAGUCAGUCAGACCACGGUUA